UGACUUCAUGUGCGCCCCCCAUUCAAUUCCUCUAAAAUGGCGGCGAAUCAAGCGUUGGAUUUUUCCGAUUUUCACCAAGAACCUGAUAUAACUGCAACGAUGCGAAUGCCUGAGACGAUCAGAGUAGAACCUGAACAUAGUGAUUUCUUCUACUCGAGUCAAACGAACGCACAGGGCGAACUGAAUAGAAACACAAAUCCUAUGAAUGUGCCGGAUCGAAUUGUCAUCAACGGUGAAUUAGGAGCUUUUUCGGGAAAACGUGACGAGUUCCCGCGUGAAUUAAAAGACGAUUUUGUGCCAAAUCCUACGAUAAAUACCUUCAUGGGAGGGAUGAUAACACCACCUCGUACACUGACUGUCGAUGAUACAACUUCAGCGCACUACCCUCAAGGAAAACCUGCACCAGGCAAGCGAGCUGAAAAACAUCAACAUCAUCAACAUCAUCAUAUCAAAACAGACUCCCAGGAACGAUGCCAAAUUGAUGUUGAAAGCAUCAAGACAGGCCUUGAGAUAGCAGAACAAGUCAAUCCGAUGGACUCAGAUAGUGAAGAGGAGUAUGCAACUGAAUAUGAAGUGACUGACCUUCGCAAGUCAGUGUGCAUUCUGCAUCGACGAGUCUCCAUGCUUGAGAAAGAAGUGGACAGAAACACAAUGGGUUUCUGGUCAAAGAUGUUCAUCUUUACAAUGACUAUUGUAAAUCCUCUCCUGCUUCAAUGGCUUUUUGGCGGAAGGAGAAGAUAAGCUUGUAGACAGAACUGGGGCGUGUCUCUAGGGGAUUGCACAGGGUACUCACAUACCCCCUCCUUGGCCACCAAAAAGUGUGUCAUUAAUUUUAAAGGAUCGUCAAAUGCUAUCCCUUUUUUAUGUAAUACCCAUGACUGUGCACCCCUUGAGCAAAUCCUGUGUAAUGCCCCUGGGACCAGCUUAUCAACAGAGAGCAUACUUUUGCUUACAUUGGGCGGAAAAUUGAUAUUCAGUGAUAUUUGGGAUAUUCAAGCACAGCAAAUCUGUCAAAAUUUGGAGAAUGAGAUGAAAAGCCGGGAGCUUGCUCUACUUAUAACCGGCCUCCAUUCAGCAAAUAUUCUCUGUAUUAUUUUCUGUUUUAUUUUCUUCACAACUUUAGAUUUUUUAGUAAAACUUGACAUGAGGUGGAAUACUUCAUAUAAGCUCAUUUUACUUUAAGUAAGGUGGACAGUUCCUUUUUUGACUUAUCAAGUAACAGUAAACAAAAUGCAACUAUUUUGAACCUUUUUUAUGUAAUUUGAUGUUUAUGACUUUUUAUAUAGUGUCAUUGCAGUUGACCAACAGUAUGUAUGAAUAACACAAAAGGCAUAAACAUUCUUUGUAAAAGCCAAAAACUCAGGUGUAUGUAUUUCUUCAGUUAGCAUAUUAGGACUUUAACAGGGCAUACUGUAAGUUUGGAACAGAUAUCCAAUCUCUAGGUUUACAAACUGGUCCAGUGCAAAGCACAUGUACAGGGAUUCCCUUUUUUUCAUGGCAGAGUCUAUGGAAUAAUGCGUCAUGGAAAUGAGCACCGCAAAUAAACAAAUAGCAGACACUUGGUAUGAAGGGUGUUCUUGUUUAGAUUUUCACUGCUGCCUUCCAGGGAUUUUCCCUGUUUUGACUUCAAACUCCAAUCCAAUUUUGUGUUGAAUUGAAGAACUGUUCACAGUGCUCUUAAAAAGAGUUCCAAUAUGGGUUUGAUUUUGUAAAUAGAAUAGUAAAUGCUUGUUUUAAGUCUUUAAGUAGAGUGGUUUUCAAAAUCCCGUGCAACAUAAUGUAGUUGUUAAAGUGUAAUAGUCAAGCCAGAACAAAAGAGAACAAAGACAUUACACUGUAUUAGAAGUAAAUAAACUAAUUAGUAUUUCACAGGUUUUUUGAAAACCACUCUUCCUGCACCUUUUCAAAGCCAGGCACUAAAGCAAGCAUUUCAAAACAUCUAAAAUUGGGUCUGUGCUUUGAUUGAGUUAAGUCUUAUUAAAUAUUGAUAGAUUAAAUAUAUAUAUAUAGUUUUUUUGGCAAUUUUUGAUCAGCGCUUCAAACAUUUUGAGUAAAGCCAUUACAAGUUGCUGACUAGAUGUGAAAAAAUUGUAUAGUACUGUAGGUGAAUGAGUUAUGUAAAUAAAUUGUUGUAAAUUUA